AUGGUCAAGACCUCCGUUCUCAAUGACACGCUCAACGCGAUGAACAACGCCGAGAAGGCCGGCAAGCGCCAGGUCCUCGUCCGACCUAGCUCCAAGGUCAUCGUCAAGUUCCUCACUGUCAUGCAGAAGCACGGCUACAUUGGCGAGUUCGAGGAGGUCGACGACCACCGCUCCGGCAAGAUCGUCAUCCAGCUGAACGGCCGUCUCAACAAGUGCGGUGUCAUCAACCCCCGCUACCCCGUCCAGCUCCGUGACCUCGAGAAGUGGGCUACCCAGCUGCUGCCCUCGCGUCAGUUCGGCUACGUCGUCCUGACCACCUCGGCCGGUAUCAUGGACCACGAGGAGGCUCGCCGCAAGCACGUUGCUGGCAAGCUCCUCGGCUUCUUCUACUAGAGGGAGUCGCACAAAAAAAA